UGAUGUCAUAUCCGUUGUUCAGGUCUCCACACCUCUCGGCAGUUACUCCUUUUAUCUUCUUGGGUCAAAACUUUUGAGGUGGGCUGGCUCUCUAGCAGAAAGGGAGAGGGCAGACCCCGGCGCGCCAGGUGGAGGCGCUUCAGCACCUCGGCCAGCACCCGCUGCUGCGGGUCCCAGCCUUCUGCGCUCCCGGACUCCCCAAUCUGAGAUGCCUGCGGAAUGAUCGCCCCCCAGGGCGGCUGCCUCUGCUGCCGCUGCUGCUGCUGCCGCCGCCGCCGCCGCCUUUGCCUCCACUCUGCUCUGACUGGCAGGCAGAAAGUGCAACUGACGUGGGAAAGGUCUCCGCAGUGAGUGGAGUGGCUACAUAAAACAGAGUAAAGAGAGGGAAAAAAAAAAGAAAAACCCACAUCAGAAUGCAGGCGAGGUCCAGGCUUCUCAACCUCCUUCUUCUGUCUUUACUUGCUGGAUUAGAUCCUUCCAAGACUCAAAUUAGCCCAAAAGAAGGGUGGCAGGUGUACAGCUCGGCCCAGGACCCUGAUGGGCGAUGCAUUUGUACUGUCGUGGCUCCAGAACAAAACCUGUGUUCCAGAGAUGCCAAAAGCAGGCAGCUCCGCCAGCUGCUGGAAAAGGUGCAGAAUAUGUCCCAGUCUAUAGAAGUCUUAAACUUGAGAACUCAGAGAGACUUCCAGUAUGUAUUAAAAAUGGAAACCCAAAUGAAAGGGCUGAAGGCCAAGUUCCGGCAGAUUGAAGAUGAUCGGAAGACACUAAUGACCAAGCAUUUCCAAGAGUUGAAAGAGAAAAUGGAUGAGCUACUGCCCCUGAUCCCAGUGUUGGAGCAGUACAAAACAGAUGCAAAGCUCAUCACACAGUUCAAGGAGGAGAUUCGGAACCUGUCUUCAGUCCUCACUGCUAUCCAGGAAGAAAUCGGUGCCUAUGACUAUGAAGAACUGCACCAGCGCGUCCUCAGCUUGGAAACCAGGCUUCGUGACUGCAUGAAAAAGCUAACAUGUGGCAAAUUGAUGAAAAUCACAGGCCCCAUCACAGUCAAGACAUCUGGAACGCGAUUUGGUGCUUGGAUGACCGAUCCGUUAGCAUCUGAAAAGAAUAACAGAGUCUGGUAUAUGGAUAGUUACACUAACAACAAAAUAGUUCGUGAAUACAAGUCCAUUGCAGACUUUGUCAGUGGAGCUGAAUCAAGGACAUACAACCUCCCUUUCAAGUGGGCAGGAACCAACCAUGUUGUCUACAAUGGCUCACUCUAUUUUAACAAGUAUCAAAGUAAUAUCAUCAUCAAGUACAGCUUUGAUUUAGGGAGAGUGCUAGCCCAAAGAAGCCUGGAGUAUGCUGGUUUUCACAAUGUGUAUCCCUACACAUGGGGUGGAUUCUCUGACAUUGACCUAAUGGCUGAUGAAAUUGGGCUGUGGGCUGUGUAUGCAACCAACCAGAAUGCAGGCAAUAUCGUUAUCAGCCAGCUUAAUCAAGAUACCUUGGAGGUGAUGAAGAGCUGGAGCACUGGCUAUCCCAAGAGAAGUGCAGGAGAAUCGUUCAUGAUCUGUGGGACUCUGUAUGUCACCAACUCCCACUUAACUGGAGCCAAAGUGUAUUAUUCCUAUUCCACAAAAACGUCCACAUAUGAGUACACAGACAUACCCUUUCAUAACCAAUACUUUCACAUAUCCAUGCUUGACUACAACGCAAGAGAUAGAGCUCUUUAUGCCUGGAACAACGGCCACCAGGUCCUAUUCAAUGUCACCCUGUUCCACAUCAUUAAGACUGAAGAUGACACAUAGGCAAACGUCAUUUCCUUUCAUCUAUGUACCCUGCCAUAUACGGUAAUGUCUAGAGGCCCCUGUUUGUGUUUGUUUGUUUGUUUGUUUUCCUUGAUUGACUUGUCAUCAUUUCUCCAAAGCAAAGAAUUUUAUUGUAUAUUUGGAGUUUCAAAAAGUUUGUCUAAGUUAAUGUGUUGAAGACACAUCUUAAUGCCUACAUUUAUAGGGCCUAUCAUGCCCUUGCCAUGCAAAGUACUAAAAAGAGUUUAAGUGUCUAGAGUCAUAGUUUUGCAAAAGAUUAAUGAUAUGCCUUGUAUUAGAAUCAGACUAAUGGUGGUCUUAAAUGCAUGAAUGUCGUCUCUUUUUAACUGUCAGUUUUUUUACUGUCUCUUGCUCUACAUCAGGAAAUAUUUUCGUAGGAAUUAAGGUAAAAGGAAAGCACUUCCCCCCCCAUUUAUUUCUACAAAAAGAUUUAAAAAUUUUAUUUAUAUGGAAAAUAAUACUGAUCAUGUUGCUGUUACCACAUUCUCUGAUGCGGUGCUGUGCAGUCAUUUCUAAAUCUCUUGCUGACAUUUUCUUGGCGAUUCAUUUUUCUAUCAUUGUAACCAUCAUCGUACAAUUGUAUUCCUUCAAUUCUGUGAAAGUAAUAUUUUUUAUAAAGCGAACUAAAAUUUAAUCUCAGUGAUUAUUCAAGUCAGUUUUGCAAGUGUGGCUGAGAAAGAUCUUCUUGGCUUACCCCUUCACAUAAGCACUAUAAACUUAAAAAAAUAUCAAAACAGGUAUCCUAUAUCUAAUCUUUGUUUUAUCCCAAGUUUAUUCAGCCGUUGUAUCUGAAUUUAAUAUAGUGAUGCCCUGUUUCCUAGAAGUAUCCCACAUAAAUUUUUUGUACAAUAUGUAGGUGUGUUAUAAAGAUUGGAUUUGAUUUAUUUAUUCUUUUAUUAUUAGAAGCAUUAUUGAAAUAUAUAUAUAUAAAUUAGUAUUUUAACAUAUUUUACAUACAACUUUCAAUAAUGUCAUUACUUAUAUAAUAUAAAGCACAUGGAGAUUGUUAAGGAAAGAACAUUUAUGUGAUAUUUUCUAUAUUAAAAUUUUGAACCCUGCAGAGAUAUUGGCUUGUACAAAAGAAAAUGAUGAAAAGAACUGGGAGCUGUCUUUGGUUUCAAAUGUAUGAAUAACCAAAUCAGGAAAUGAAAUGAGAAUGCAAUCCCCUUGAUGCCUUGCCUCACUGUACGUGCAAAAUUAAAGAAACUAAAAAUAAAAUUUUGAAACAUUUAGGUCACUAAUGACACAGAACACAUAAUUUAAAAAUACUGAACAUGUCAAUGAGUUUAGGAGUCAUAUUCCUAUGUUAAAAAGAACUCUCCUAAGGCAGCUUUGUGGACACAAAGAGGGGUGUGUUCUAAAUUUAAAAUGUAUGUAUGUAUUCCAAAAUAAAUAAUAUAUAACUUAAAUUAUAAAUUUUGUUUCGUACAUAUACAAUACCAUAUUGAAAAACAAGCAUAUGGUAAUAACGCAGACACAGCACUCUAUAAAAAUACUGAUAUUUAGAAAUUCUGCAAGUGAAAAGUCAUUUUCUGGUAUUAUCCCAUCGAAAUUGGAAACUGAUUACUUUAAUCUUGAAACUCAAGGUUGAAUGAGUAUCUUUUUAUUAUUUUAUUUUUUUUGGCCAACGAAAGUUAAGCAUGAUCUAAUGGGAACCCCUGCAUCUUUUUGUAAUGGUAUCGCCUCUUCCCAAAAGUUCACAUAAAUUUCAGUCUACAAUAGUUGGAAAAUUUAGGAGAUUCAUUUGUCAUACUACAUACAUCACAAAAGCAAGCAGUUCAUACUUUGUACAGCAAUUUGUAUAAGGUUAAAAAAAUCAUAUCAUUUUCAGAAACCAAUAAAUUUUUAGGAAUACAGACUCUAAUAGAAACACUUUUUGUCCUUAAGACAUGUUAUGUGGAAUCACACACAUUCAUAAUAUGGAUGAUCAUGGCUUAUUUGUGAGGUGUGCAUCUUGUACAGAGCCUUGUUGUUUUCUAUGUAUGGUUUCAUUACCCUAGCCAAUUUAUAGUGUAUGUGCCGCUAGAGCAAGCUAAGAUUAUAUUGUCACUAGAAGUGGGGUAACAUGAGCUUAAAAAUAUGACUUGCAUUAAACAUUUACAGUUUAUGAGCAUUUUCUGAAUAAAUUAUGUUCAGUUUUGUGCCUGAAAUAAAUAAGAACUUAAUCACUGUUUCCUUUUUAAUCUUCAGCAAAUAAAGUAAUUUUAUGAGGAAAAUAAUGAGUAUUUUAAAAUCAUCCAUAGAAUCUAAGCAGUGCAGAAGUCUAAACUUCGAAAACCUUCAUCCGAAAUCAACUAUGUAACUGGUAUUUUCUAAAUUAAUCAGAUCAUUAAAGUACUUCCAUAUAAUUCAAAUAAUAUGUCUGUG